AUGGCACUUUCCCAUUUAGAGGUGAAACCAUCAGACCUACAACUUUGCGACAAAGACGGCUGCGAUAAGUGGUGGCCAAAAGCCGACUACGAGGCUGUCAACAAACAAAACUUCCAGAAGUGCCCUCACUGUAGAGAAGUCGAUACCAAUCCGACAAAGUACUGGACCGGCGGCUUUAACGGUCCGAAAGAACCAGGCUAUCACUAUCCUGCAGCUAUGCCUCCACACUCUGCAAGAAGGCCUGAUGAGCGCCAGAACACCAGCAGUGUGAAAAGAGGAACGCCAAUUGACACUUCAAUGGCUACAAGCCCAACACCAAGCAAGAAGCCAAAGUUGCAGCAGGCAAUCCCAAAUACGCCCACCAAUGUGGCAGCCUUCGCCAGAAUGGAGCGCAAGGACAGCUUGAACAGCAACGCCACAUCCUCGCCCACAACCAGCAAAUCGGAUCCAAAUCUCGAAACCUUGCUCUCCAAGACUAGCCAUCUCUACGAAGCCUGGAAGAAAUGCAAAGGCCAAGCAGACACUCACCUUGAGAAAGAGCUGCGAGAGGCACGAAGCAAUCUUACCACACUCCAAACCACACUUCCUAAGGUCCAAAAAUGUGUUGAAGAGUGUGAAAAUCAACUGUCCCUAUCCAGCGCUGAGUUCAGCAAGAUGGAGACCUUCUGGACUGAAAUCAAUAAUGCCACAGCAAAGGCUGACCUGGACGGCGCGAAGGACAGAAAAACCCGUGAGGAGUGGCAGACCAUUGCGCACAAACAUGUGCACCUGGCAUGGGAAGAGAACGACCGCAGGUCUCGAGCACACUCAGACGUCAUGAACGAAUGCGCAAAGACAAAGCAGCUGGCCGCUCAUGCGCAGAAGAAGGUCACCGCCAUCGAGGAGGAGAGGCAGCAAUUGAAGGUCUUUGGCGAGUUUUUGUCUGGAGUGUUGCCUUCGAAGAAUAUCUCCUGA